GGCCGCCCGGCCGAGGCGCGGGGCGCUGCGGGCGCGUUAGGCAGCGUCCUCCCGGGGAAGAGGAGGAGGAGGAGGUUCCCCCGCGAUGGCUGCCGCCUGGCCCUGGCUGCUGCUGUGGCUGGGGGCGGCCUCCCUGCGCGCCCACCCGGCCCCGCCGCGCAUCCGCCUGCCCCUGCGGGGGGGCUCGGCCCUGCCGCCCGCUCCCCGCGCUCGCCGGGCACCGGAGGAGGCCGAGCGGGGCGGCAGCUUCGUAGAGAUGAUCGACAACCUGCGGGGCAAGUCCGGGCAGGGCUACUACGUGGAGAUGACGGUGGGCAGCCCCCCGCAGAAGCUGAACAUUCUGGUGGACACAGGGAGCAGCAACUUCGCUGUGGGAGCUGCACCUCACCCCUUCCUCAGGAGAUACUACCAGCGGCAGCUGUCCAGCACCUACCGUGACCUGCGGAAAGGUGUGUACGUGCCCUACACCCAGGGCAAGUGGGAGGGGGAGCUGGGCACCGACCUCGUCACCAUCCCCCACGGCCCCAACGUCACCGUCAGAGCCAACAUCGCCGCCAUCACCGAGUCAGACAAGUUCUUCAUCAAUGGCUCCAACUGGGAGGGGAUCCUGGGGCUGGCCUACGCUGAGAUCGCCCGGCCUGACGACAGCCUGGAGCCCUUCUUUGACUCUCUGGUGAAGCAGACCAGGGUGCCCAACAUCUUCUCCCUCCAGCUUUGCGGGGCAGGCUUCUCACCCAACGAGACAGAGGCCCUGGCAGCCGUGGGGGGCAGCAUGAUCAUAGGUGGCAUCGACCGCUCGCUGUACGUGGGUGACAUCUGGUACACACCCAUCCGCAAGGAGUGGUACUACGAGGUCAUCAUCGUCAAGCUGGAAAUCAACGGGCAGGACCUCAACAUGGACUGCAAAGAGUACAACUAUGACAAGAGUAUCGUGGACAGUGGGACCACCAACCUCAGGCUGCCAAAGAAGGUGUUUGAGGCCGCGGUGAAAUCCAUCAAAACGGCUUCUUCGACGGAGAAAUUCCCAGAUGGCUUCUGGCUGGGGGAGCAGCUGGUUUGCUGGCAGGUCGGCACCACCCCCUGGCACAUCUUCCCUGUCCUGUCCCUCUACCUGAUGGGGGAGGCCACCAACCAGUCCUUCCGGAUCACCAUCCUGCCCCAGCAAUAUCUGCGCCCCGUGGAGGACGUGGCCACCUCUCAGGACGACUGCUACAAGUUUGCCAUCUCCCAGUCCUCCACCGGCACCGUCAUGGGCGCUGUCAUCAUGGAGGGCUUCUACGUCGUCUUCGACCGCGCCCGCAAGCGGAUCGGCUUUGCUGUCAGUGCCUGCCAUGUGCACGACGAGUUCCGUACGGCGGCGGUGGAGGGGCCCUACCUGCACCCCAACAUGGAGGACUGCGGCUACAACAUCCCCCAGACGGACGAGUCCACCCUGAUGACCAUCGCCUACGUCAUGGCCGCCAUCUGCGCCCUCUUCAUGCUGCCCCUCUGCCUCAUGGUGUUCCAGUGGCGCUGCUUCCACUGCCUGCGCCGCGACCACGAUGACUUCGCUGACGACAUCUCCCUGCUGAAGUGAGGGCGGGGGCAGCCGCAGGGCCGGGACAGGUGGGUCCUGGGGGUCCUUCCUGGGGGGCGACAGCGUGGGCAGCUCAGACCCUCUGCUCCAGGGGGACGUGGGGUGCCCGAGAGGGCUGGGAGCAGCCGUGGGACCUACAGAAAGAAGGUGGCAGCUGGGGAGUGGGGGUGACCCUGUCCCAGGGCUGGGGGCAGCUCCUCUGCACUGGCAGGGGGAUGGGAGGGGUUGUCCUGAGCUCCAGCCACUCAUGAGCCAUCCCCUGUCUGUCCCCUUUUACCCCUGCCCCCCUGCAGCCCCCAGCCCAGGCUCUCCCUGGGGUCACCCCUCCCAAGCCUCCUGUCCCCAGCUUUUUGGAGCCAGCCCAGGGCAGAUCUUUCCCUCCCACCCAGCUGGUUCUAACAUUUCCCAUGGUGUUUUCCCCACCUCAAGCUGUGUCCCUCCUGCCACCGGUGUCCCCUGCACCCACCCCCCGUUGGAAAGCCAUAGGGGAGCUGGGGCCGGGCUGGACCGGCUCCUUCCCUGCCCCCCACAGCCCCCUCUGCUCACCCCAAUCUGUCUGUCCUUGCCCCAGGGCCAGAGACCCCCCCCCCCCAACAACUUGGGGGAUGGGUGGUGGGGACUGCAGCAGCAUUUCUUCUUUUUUUUUAAAGCCGUGGUUGUAUUUAUUUUGUGAUUCUGGUUUGUGCUGCCAGUCCUGGCCGUGCAGUCAGACCCUGACCCCACAGGUCCCAGCCCCUGCCUGGGGGAGGGCAGUGAUCCCCCCCUCACCUGUACAAUAUAUACAUAUAUCUAUAUUUUUAAUUCUAGCGCUGAAAGCCACUGUUCCAAACCCAACAUUAGGGGGUUUGGUCCCGUUUUGUUUUGGGGUUUUUCUGGGUUUUUUUAAAUAUUUGUAGCCCUCUGCUCACGGCCAGCGCCUCGGCCACAACCCGAGGUCAGGAGGUGCUGGGUUUGUAAGGACUUUGUGGAUCCGAGGUGUUCUGGGCUGGUGUCAGAAGAGGUGACAGUGACACAGGAGCAGGGCAGUGCUGCAGCCAUCCCCAGGCACAGGGCUCCUUACCCAAACCCUGAGUUAUUUGGGGAACAUUUCUUUGGCAACGCCACGAGGGAGGAUCCAACCCGCAGCCUCGGCCAGGCAGCCCCACAACAGCCCCCCCAGACCUUCCCACCUCACUACUACUGCGAGUAGUGCCCUGCUCUGCUGCCCUACUCCAACCCUGCACGCACCCACUCUGCCAGAGGGCCACGCAGACCUCCUUGUGCCUGCCCCAGGACCCCCAGGAUGCUGUUGUGGGACCACUGCCUUAACCCACACCCAGACGGAUGGAGGGGUGGGGGGCUCGUGCUGCUUGCUCCCCACAGCCCCGUGCCCAGAUUAUUGUUGCUAACUGGAAAUAGCAAACCAACCCAACAAAAUUCUAAGGAUUAAGUGGUGCUGAGCACCUCCUCAUCCCACCAAGAUCCACGGAGAGAAGGGGGUUGGUGCCUCAGCCCGGAUUCAGGAGCGAGUGGAGGAGAGGGGAAAGCAGGACCUGCAGCAGGUUGGUGAUCCCGGGCCCAGCAGGGAGCUCCGGGCCCAGGCUCUGGCUGUAGCCUCCAGUACUCUUGUAACCUUAUGUCUAUGUAAGAACAAUGAAUGUUAACACGGUAAAUUAUUAUUACAUUAAAAAAAAAACCUAAAAAACCCACAAAACCCAC